AUGGAGGGACUGCUGUUGACAGACGAUCAAUGGGUAGAUAGGGGUGUGUUAGAGUGUAAAGCUGAAAAGGCAGGUUUCUGGAAAGCGAUUGAACUCUGGCUACAAAAACCACAUGUUGUCAAUCGACGACUCAGCGGCGCUGUUUUGUUUCUCAGAAUGGAUCUCCCACCGGAAUCCGUACUGGCAUUAAUACGACAACAUUCAGAAUUACUCUGCCGUGAAGAUUUCUCAACAAAAAGCCUAAAAGACCAUACAGGUUUCGAAAGUAAUGCCGUUGGUUCCUCUCCCGGUGCUGCCGAUGAUGAAGAUACUGUUGGUUGCCAUGGAAACAUUGUCACUUUUUGCAUCAGAAAGAUACUCCCCAAGCAGCUGGACAGAAAUAAGUCUGUCAACGAGUGUGUGGUAUUAGACAAAUUUCAUGGAUAUGCUACUUUUCUAACAUACCCUAAUAAUAAUGAACAUAAAGAUGGACGUGAUUGUCCAAUUAUGUCUGCAUAUAGGAUUGGCUUCCAACAAAAUGAAUCCAGGAUAAAUCUUCAGACACCAGCAGUUAGUGAUGUGUUAUCGCAUCCUAGCGAUGGUGUAACCAAUCCUCAUUUGGACUGGUUGCUAAGCUUUUUACUCCCUAAGAUUGUCAAGUGGUCUGCAGAAAGUGAUUCUCAACAAUCUGUCCAAUAUAAAUCACUUGUACCAAUAGAUAAUUACACAGUUUUGUAUCAGAAACUCAAACAGAAAUACGGAGCCAAGAUGGUCGAGAUUUGGCCAGAAAAUACUGAUCCUCUGAAAUUUGUUUAUGAAGACAUCGCCAUAGCAACCUACCUUUUGUUGCUGUGGGAAGCAGAAAGAGAGGAAAAAGCUCUUGUUGAAAAACAAACAUUUAUAGAUCUGGGAUGUGGUAAUGGUCUCUUAGUGUAUAUUCUUGUUUCAGAAGGGCAUGCAGGUAAAGGCAUAGAUGUGCAUAAAAGAAAGAUCUGGGAUUUAUUUGGUGAUGACAUUGACCUUCAGGAAGUUACAAUAACACCAUCAGAUAAAGCACUCUUCCCUGAUACUGAUUGGAUAAUUGGUAAUCACUCUGAUGAGCUAACACCAUGGAUACCAGUCAUUGCAGCCAGGUCCAGCUACACGACGCGGUAUUUUGUCUUGCCAUGCUGCUUUUACGAUUUUAACUGUAAAUUCAGGAGAAAAAAUUCAAAGAUUCCUCAGUAUUUGACAUACCUGGAGUAUGUUAUGCAUAUAGGCGAGGUUUGUGGAUUUGAUGUGCAAGAAGAUAGAAUGAGAAUACCAUCAACAAAACGAGUUUGUCAAGUUGGAAGUUCCAGGAUAUAUCCUGUAGAAGAACACAUAGACAGAGAAACAUUGAUACAAGGGUUCAUUGAUGAUAGAUGUCAACAAAACUGUCUAACAAAGAUGGUGUCCAGUGGUGGCACUGAGGUCACUGAGCAUGCUCAGUAUGAUCACUCUGCAUCUGAUGGUGAUCAUUCAUUAGAUACCCAAAGUGCUACACCAGCAUGGGUGCACCACUUUGAACCAAGAGCUCAAACAGAAGCUGUCAGGAACUGUUCGAAAGUUGAUUAUUUCCUGAGAAAGCACAUUACAAAGACUAUAGGUGAUGUUCUGAUCAGUAAAGGCAGUGAUAAUGAUUAUAUAGACAUUGAAUAUGCAAAUGGUUCUGGAAAACAAUGGAACACAGGAGGUAAAAUACCAUUGCCAGAGGUAGCCAAGUUAUUUGACAGUAAUAUAUUAAAACAACUCAAGAAUGAAUGUGGUGGUCUGCAAACUUUGCUAAGAAAUAGUCACCAAGUAUUCCAAGUUUAUGGAGGUGAAGUCAGACUCAGAGAUUGGUCAAAAAUUGGACCUAUCAGAAAAGGGACUGCAAGUUCAAAUCAGGUGCCAGAUGCUUCUUCACCAACCAGGAAACUACUCGGAAAGUCUCACGAUGCUAGUCAACUUCGGAAAACAAAACUGUGUUGGUUUCAUAGCAACCACCCAGAUGGCUGUCCAAGGAUGGCAAUGGAUUGUACAUUUGCCCACGGGGAGGAGGAAAUGAAACAGCGACCAACAUUUCAAAAAUAAUUUACAUAUCUAGUCAGUUAUUGGAAUUUGCAAGCUAAUUACAGUAAUAUUUACACACAAAAUACAUUUUAUAGGUCAAAAUUUAUUAUUUAUUGUAUCCAUCAUAGGAGUUGAUCAAUUUCAUGAUAAGAUAAAUAUCAUUUUGUUACCAUGGCAAUUUGUAUAGUAUACUUCUGAGCUUAUAUGACAGUGUGUUAAUGAUGCAAAACAGAUGUAUUACAUUCUAGAAGACUUUGUAUCAAUUAUGACAUCACCAACUACUAGUGAGUUUUGUCUAUACCUUACUCGCUCAAUAAUACACCACAUGUAUACAAGAGUUAUCAGUGUAGUCAUGCAGCCACCAAAUGAAAUUAUGAUUUACCAACAAAUCUGUUAUAAUACAAGGAUACAACAAUAGUGACAGUAUUAAUAAUUCAGAUAACCCAUAAAUAGUGAAAAAGCUGUUUAGGAAAAACCAGAGAUGAAAACUCACUAAAUUCAGAAUAAAAAUUUCAGGAAUGCUGCCACAUGUAUUUACCGGUAUAUAUACAACUGCAAAUAAAAGAUGCAUGUCACUUGAGUGAAGAAUAUGUCGAGGAUUAUACGUUUAUUAUGUUCACAGACAAUACCGUAAAAUUCGUUUUAGAAGCUGCAUCCCUAA